UGUUUUAUUCUGUCAACGAUCUUGAUACAUUUUGAUUGUGCAUAUUUCAAAAGCUAAUUAGCCCCGAGGACUUGUAAUGUCGGAGCCCGUAAGAGUUCUUUUGACAGGUGCAGCUGGGCAGAUAGGGUAUUCCCUAGCCGGAAUGGUUGCCCGUGGUGACAUGUUCGGGCCUAAUCAAGAAGUUAUUUUGCAUCUGUUCGAUCUUGAACAAAUGAUAGAAUCUUUAAAAGGGCUUGAAAUGGAACUCCAAGACUGUGCAUUUCGUCUUUUAAGGAGUGUAGUGGUCACGCAUGUGCCAGAAGUAGCAUUUGAUCAAAUUGAUGUUGCCCUCAUGGUUGGGGCUAUGCCACGAAGAGAAGGGAUGGAACGUAAAGAUUUGCUCAAUGCCAAUGUGAAUAUUUUCAAGCAACAAGGACAAGCUUUAGACAAGUAUGCUAAAAAGACCGUUAAAGUGGUAGUUGUGGGUAAUCCUGCCAAUACGAAUGCACUCGCACUCAUGAAAAACGCUCCUUCCAUUCCUAGAGAAAACUUCAGUGCUCUUACAAGACUUGACCACAAUCGUGCUCAGUCAUUUAUAGCCAAACGGUUGGGAGUUCCAUGUGACUGCGUAAAGAAUUGUAUUAUAUGGGGAAACCACAGCAAUACACAGUUUGUAGAUGUAAGUCAUGCUGUAGUAAAGCAAGAUGGGAAAGAAAUCCCUGUCACUGUUGCAAUCAACAAUGAUGACUGGAUAAAAAAUGAGUUCCUGGGUGCUAUCCAAAAGCGCGGAGCUGCUGUCAUAGCAGCCCGGAAACUUAGUAGUGCAUUAUCUGCUGCUAAAUCUGUUACAGACCACGUGCGUGACUGGUGGUUUGGAACAAAGGAGGGCGAGUGGGUAUCGAUGUCUGUGAUCAGUGAUGGUUCUUACGAUGCUCCGAAAGAUGUUAUUUUUAGUUUUCCUGUUCAAAUCAAGAACGGCAAGUGGACCAUCGUUCAGGGUUUGAAGCUUGAUGAAUGGGCUAAAAGCAAGUUCGCUAUAUCAGCAAAUGAGCUCAAGGAAGAACGUAUCGCAGCUGGUCUUGACUUCUAAUUUUCUACAAUAUGAUGUCAAUGUCCUGACUUCUGUAAUGGUUAAUUUUCGUAGUCUUUAUUUUUGACAUUACAUUUGUU